AUUUCUCUUGGCUGUAGUAAUUCGAUAUCAAAGGAGGAUUCUUCUUCUUGAGAAGACGUUAAGACCAUCCUCGAUUCGUCCCAGUUCGGUUCGUCUCUGCAUCUACCAACUCCCCAGUCCCAUCCCGCCGCCCGGAAAAUGGCGUCCCUGGCGAGCGCCAAGUUCCACCGCCUCCCGUCUCCUCGCCCGCCGAUUCCCUCGAGACCCCACCGCCCCCCGCCGCAUCUCCCGUUCCCUCCUCGACCCAGAUUCUCGUCUCGCGACCGACCGCCGUUGAGGGCGUCCUCCAGAGCUUCGAGCUCCGGCGCCCCGGCUGGGUCCUCCUCUGCUCCUUCUCCGGGGCUCUACUCUGCCCAGACGUUCGAGCUCACCGCCCCGAACGUCGACGUGGUCCUCGAGGACGUCAGGCCUUACCUGAUUGCCGACGGCGGGAACGUCGACGUCGUCUCCGUUGAGGACGGCGUCGUCUCUCUCAGGCUCCAAGGGGCGUGUGAGAGCUGUCCCAGUUCAACCACCACCAUGCAGAUGGGAAUUGAAAGGGUACUAAAGGAAAAAUUCGGCGAUGCAGUCAAAGAGAUCCGUCAGGUAUAUGAUGAUGAAGUGAGGGAGAAUACUGCCGAGGCAGUGAAUCGCCAUCUUGACAUAUUGAGACCAGCGAUUGCAAAUUAUGGCGGAAGCGUCGAAGUGUUGUCUGUUGAGGCCGGAGACUGCCGUGUAAAGUAUGUGGGACCUGAGUCCAUUGGGUCUGGGAUUAAAGCAGCAAUCAAGGAGAAGUUCCCUGAUAUUACUAAUGUUGUGUUAACUGGUUAGCAUGCCACAAUAAAUUUGCUAGAUCACACAAUAAAGAUGGAUUCCUGCUGAGGAUAUCAAUGUGACAAUGGACAUACAGUCGGUGAUGCUCAGAAAGAAUUGAUGUGGUGCAUUGCAGCAUUUUGGGAUGAUAUAAGAGUUUCCUGUGAGUAUGGGGAAAGACAAGAUGCUAAAUUAAUGUUCCUAUCAAUAGGGAGAAGACAUGGUCUUCUGUACAUCUUCAGUAACUAAGAGUUUGUUACAUUUGAUAUGCCUAAAAGUUACUAUUCAGAUCAUUCUUAUACAUUGGAUACGUUGUUGUACUUUAGGGCUUUGUGUAGUUGGUGUAAUAAUCGCAGGAUAUCUUUCGCCCAAAACAAACUAAAGGAAAAGAAAGAUCACAGUUCAUCCAUGCUACUCUUCAUUGCUUAAUGUCGACCGACAUAUGUACUCUUCUGUUG